AUGAUUGAAGAUAAACCAGAUACGAACUCAUUCAGAUUUUUUGGCCUUGGUGGUAGCAAUGAGGUUGGUCGCUCCUGUCAUAUCCUUCAAUACAAGGGCAAAACGGUGAUGUUAGAUGCGGGUGUUCAUCCUGCACAUCAAGGUAUUGCUUCUUUGCCGUUUUAUGAUGAAUUUAAUCUUUCAAAAGUUGAUGUCCUAUUGAUUUCUCACUUUCAUUUAGAUCACGCUGCUUCUCUGCCUUACGUCAUGCAAAGGACCAAUUUUCAAGGUAGGGUGUUCAUGACCCACCCCACAAAGGCAAUCUAUCGUUGGUUGUUAAGCGAUUUUGUCAAGGUCACCAAUAUUGGGAAUGGUACAGCAGCUUCAUCCGGGGAUGAAAAUUUGUAUACUGAUGAAGAUUUAGCAGAAUCAUUUGACAAGAUUGAAACAGUGGAUUUUCAUUCUACGAUCGAUGUAAAUGGUAUCAAGUUUACAGCUUACCAUGCAGGUCAUGUACUUGGUGCAGCUAUGUUUCAGGUUGAGAUUGCUGGGCUAAGGAUACUUUUCACUGGCGACUAUUCAAGGGAAUUAGAUCGUCAUUUAAACAGUGCAGAAGUUCCUUCUUUGCCCUCGGAUAUUCUGAUCGUAGAAUCAACCUUCGGCACUGCUACACAUGAGCCACGAGUAAGCAAGGAGCGUAAAUUAACGCAGUUAAUUCAUACGACCGUAGCUAAAGGUGGUCGUGUUCUUCUUCCUGUGUUUGCAUUAGGAAGAGCACAGGAAAUCAUGUUGAUUUUAGAUGAGUACUGGUCUCAGCAUGCAGAAGAGUUAGGCACCGGCCAAGUACCCAUCUUUUAUGCCUCUAAUUUGGCAAGAAAGUGUAUGUCGGUUUUUCAGACAUAUGUAAAUAUGAUGAAUGAUAAAAUCAGGAAGAAAUUUCGGGACUCGCAGACAAAUCCAUUUAUCUUCAAAAAUAUUUCUUAUUUAAAGAAUUUGGAUGAAUUUCAGGAUUUCGGUCCUAGCGUUAUGUUAGCUUCCCCCGGAAUGUUGCAGAACGGCUUAUCUAGAGACUUGCUAGAAAAAUGGUGCCCUGACGAAAAGAACCUGGUCCUAAUAACUGGUUAUUCUGUGGAAGGUACUAUGGCUAAGUUUCUGAUAUUGGAACCAGAAUCAAUUCCGUCUAUAAACAAUCCCGAUGUAACCAUACCAAGGCGUUGCCAGGUGGAAGAGAUAUCGUUUGCCGCACAUGUAGAUUUUAGGGAAAAUUUGGAAUUUGUUGAAAAGAUUGGUGCGCCAUCAAUUAUUCUGGUACAUGGAGAAUCAAACCCCAUGGGCCGUUUAAAGUCAGCUCUACUUUCUAACUUCAGUCCAUUGAAGGGAACCGAGAAUGAGGUUCAUGUUUACAACCCUAGAAACUGUGUCGCCGUUGAUAUAGAAUUUAAGGGUGUCAAAAUUGCCAAGGCUGUCGGUAAUAUCGUGGAGGAAAUGGUCCCCACAAAUGAAGACGAAGACGAAGAGGCAGAAGAUAAAAAUAAUACAGGUGAAAAAGAUAAAAUCAGUGUGUCUGAAGCACCACAAGAAGAUGAGUUAGUAGGAAAAGAGGGAAACAUGCAGCAUGACUUAGAAGAGGAACGCGUUAUUUCUGGUAUAUUGGUGUCGGAUGAAAAGAACUUUGAUCUAAAUCUCGUUUCCCUAUCUGAUUUAAGAGAACAUCACACAGACCUAACAACUACCGUUUUGAAGGAACGACAGACAGUCCACGUGGACUGCAGAAACGAAUUAAUUUUCUGGCAUUUAUGCCAGAUGUUUGGUGAGAUAGAGGUCCUUGUAGAUAACGAGGGUGUCACUCUAGCUAAAACUGAUCCAGCACCAGAAGAUGUGAAACCAGGUGAAUUGGUGGUCAGAGUUAUGGGUGAUGUCAAAUUAUCCGUGGUAGAUCAUGUCGCCACACUGGAAUGGACACAGAAUAUUAUAAGUGACUCCGUCGCUGAUAGUAUUGUCGCCAUUCUACUGAGUGUUGACUCUUCUCCAGCAAGCGUAAAGAUGACUAGCCACAGUUGUAAUUCUCAUGAUCAUUCAGAAGACUCAGAAGUUGUUUGGAAGAUUAAACAAAUCGCCAAGUUAUUUACGGAACAGUUUGGCGACAGCUUCACUCUGCUCCUAGGCAAAGACAACGAAGUCCCUGAGCAUGAGGACAUCAAAGGUUCUGUAACUAUUGGUAAAAACUCCGCUACGGUCAACUUUUCAAAGAUGGCUGUCGAGGACUGUAAUUCAAAUCCAUUGAAGGGAAGGAUUGAAAGCAUUUUGGGUAUUGGAGCGGACUUAGUUGCUCCAUUGUGUUGA